AUGCCAAAAGGAUCAAGAGCAAAUGCCCGGUUAAAUGCAGAUAAAGUACUGAAAAUAGCGAAUCUGCAUUCUCCUAAAAAUUUUAAAGCUAAAAAGAAGCUAAGCACUCAAACCGUAAGUAAAGAAACGUUUUCUCAACUAACGAAUAACCCAGAGAUUAUUGAACAAAAUAAGGAGAAUCCCCCGGUCAAAAAUUUAUUCAUUUGCCCUUCAAAUGACCCUGAGGACAUAGAAUUGUCCAAAGAAGAAGACGUUGCAAUGAAUACCACCCCUGAGGACGGGGAUACAGCCUCCAGGAAACAAUCAGUAGCCGGGUCUGACAACAGCUACUAUGAUAGCCAGGAAAAUCCUACCGUCAGUCCAACGAUGGAAAAAUCCGGAAAUAUGGCCUACAAAACGGCUAAAAGCCUGAUUGAGGAGCUGGAAAGAUCGAAUGAUUCGAUCAACACAUCUGAAGAAUCACAAGAGUCCAUGGAUACUGGACAUGAAAACACUAUCAUCGAGAAGAACGACUCUGAGGUAGAUGAAUUCAAAUCAGAAUACCAAAGCGAACCUACGCCGAAACCUGCUCCUAAAACAUUAUCGCUACCCCCUAAUACUGUUACAAGGCAGUUGGACUUUGGAGGCAACAAACAAAAUAUUGUUACGGAAAAUGCAGUACCAAUAGGUAACACAAACUCAGCCGGAACUGCUGGAGGUGCACAGAGUAGGGGUGGACCGAGUAGCUCCGAGCCUGUACACCCUCCUGCAGCUCCGAUCAUCGAAAACUUGCCCAGCACGAUUCCACUGAUUCCCAGAAUAAACACGGGAACCCUAAGAAGGACUAAUAGCGAUCCUAGAUUGGCAUUUAAAUACGACUUUAGUAAUUUAAAUAAGAAUACCGGAACUACGCAAAGGACAACCUUGAAGGCUGAUCCCAGAAUCAAAGUGACGGUUCUAAAUACUGACAUCCCUCCCAAGAUCACCCAAGGAAUCUUGAAUUAUAACUUCCCAUUACCAACCUCAGAGGAAGAUAAUAAAUCCACAGACGGUUACCUAUCACAAGAGACAAGGAAAUUACCCACAUCUCCAAAUAGCACCUUCCUAAUUAGGAAAAACAACAGCCCACCCACCGAAAAUAUGGAAACUCAACCCUCCUGCAGUAAACAACUACCGUUCCAAACGCCUAAAAAAUUUAGUAAAAAUUUUCAAACGCUACUAAGGGAGAAGACCAUAAAAACCCUCACCAAAACGAGCAACAGAUACCUUCCUCUCUCGGAUGAAUCGGAAUCCGAAUACGAGGAUGAUAUCGACAGAAUAAUCAAAAGGAAGAGAGUCACGGAAGCUAGGGGCACCAAGAACCCCAAAAAUGCAGCCAAAGCUGUUGUAAUGCCGGUAGAAACUGUAGAGAGCAUUCUAGCAGAGCGGAAAAAGCAAGUCAAAACCCCUACCACUAUUAUUCCAAACCCCACUACCAACUCCAAAAACAAAUCCCACAUGCCGCCUAUAGUAAUAGAUGGGAAGACGGCAAAUCAAUCCACACUAGUGAAGGAUAUCAAAGAUGUUGUGAAAGGGAAAUUUAGCAUUAAGCAUACAAGCAAGUCUACCAUAUUGUUUGUAGACGACAAAGACGACCAUGCGAAAAUGAUUGAAAACAUCAAAGCAGAGAAACUACCCUUUCACACAUACACGACAAAUGACAACAAAACACAUGCCUUUGUUCUCCGAGGCUUAGCAAAUGGCACUAAAAUCCCGGACAUAGCAGAAGAUCUAAGUGAAGAACACGAAAUCAAAACAAAAGAAAUUUUUCGCAUGAAUACGAAAAACCGCCCCCUCUUCCUUGUCACUGAUCCCUCAAUGACACUGGAUUAUUUGAACAAAAAUGUCCGAAGAGUGCUCUACACCCGAGUGACAUGGGAACUCCGCAAAUCAAUAAAACAAAUUAUCCAGGAAUCAGCUGACCAUCCCAGAAAAGACUCCACGGCCAAAUUUUUCCCACAGAAAAGCUUGGAGAAUGAACUCUGUAAAAUGGUAACGAACCCACCCAUAAACACUCCAGCAAAUACCGCAAAUGCAGAAAACAGUGCGGGAAGCAGACCUACCACACUGGAUAAACCACUGAGCGAAAAUCCUAAAACAAAAUCAAAAUUGGAAAGUUUGGAGAAAACUGAUGGAAUUUCUACUCACAAAAGUUGGGAGAAAACUGAUGUAAUUUCUACUUACAAAAGCUUGGAGAAAACUGAACUCUCGACAAGCAAUAUAACCAAUACCUGCCUCAAAAGCUCAGGGAAAACACUCCAAAACAAAACAGUUGGUGAGCCCGUCCGAAAAAGCAGCGAGAAUACUGACGUGUCUGAAGUAAAUCCCACCCUACAAAGUAUGGAGAAAACUGAUGUGCCGAAAAACGAUACCAACUCUUACCGAAAAAGCUUGGGGAAAGUACUUGGAAAUAAAUCAGACUGCGAGACAGACAGUAAAAGUUACGAGAAUACUAAUGUGCUCGUCGGAAAUACAGCGGAUGCCGAAUUAAAAAGUAUGGAGAAUGCUGCCCGAGAACCAGACACGGAGGCGAGAGAUUUAAAAAGUUUGUCGAAUGACUACAAAGGUGCAUACAGCGAUACCACUGAACAACAGGACUCUGAUGAGAGUACAGAUAGCAUCAAUACGAGCGAUAGGUCCCAUAGUAGCUUAGAAAAGAGUGAAGUCAUAAGAGCCGAUUCCGACAAAAGCUUGGAGAAUCUCUUAAAUGACCUAGAGGGUGAGAACGAAGACUCCAACAGCCCAGAAAAUUUAGACGGGACCGUUUUGGAGAUGGACCUAGACGAAUCUGAAGAUCAAUCCCCAAAAUCAGCAAAAAAUGAGACAACUUUUAAGGACAAAAAAAAGUAUGUAGAAAAUACAGUAGUGUUUGAAUCUGCAUACAAAACCUUACCAUUGCCAAAAAAUGUAACAGUCAGGACUUUGGACUGUGGACAGGACUCCCCACAAUCGGAUGGCAGUACAAUCACCCCAGGACUUACACCCCCGAGUGGAAGUGGAAACAGGACGUGGGACCUAAACGUAGGUGGCAACACAACCAACACACGGGAAAUUAACACCCCCAAAAAUGAUAGAAACAUGAGCAAUGUGAUCGCGGAGGCAAAUCGAGUCGAGGGUGGAUCGAAACAAAAUAACGCCUCGAACAAUAAAACACUCCAAAAGAAACCUACUCCUGCCCCCAAAGCAAAAAACAACAUGCCCCCCAUCAUAAUCGACGGAAAGACUGCGAGUCAAAACACCCUCGUGCAAGACAUCAAAAAAAUAGUCAAGGGUAAAUUUAGUAUUAAACAUACUAACAAUUCAACAAUCCUAUUCCUCGAAGAGAAGGAGGAUCACGAAAAAAUGGUCACGAACAUUAAGACUGAAAAACUCCCAUUCCACACGUACUCAAACAGGGAUGAAAAAACACAUGCAUUCGUAUUAAGGGGAUUAGCUGAAGGCACCAAAAUAGAGGACAUAGAUGAAGAUCUCACAGAGGAGUUUGACAUCAAAGCGAGAUCAAUCUACAGAAUGAAUACGAAGAAUCGCCCACUCUUCCUCAUAAUAACGGAUCCAUCCCUCACGCUGGAUUACCUAAAUAAAAAUGUGCGUAGAAUUCUCUACACGAGAGUGGUUUGGGAAAUGCGUAAAAGUGAAUUUAAAAGUGUAGCUGCUGCUUGCAAAUUGUCUUCUACAGCUGCUAAGGUGAAAAACGGAAUUAAGCAUGUAAGUACGCCUAAACCAAAACCCUCGUCCCGCUCCGAAUCAAAAUCAGAGAAAUCCAGAGAUCCCCGGAAGCAUUCAUCGAAUGCACGCAGGGAAAAUCAAGAAAAACACGGAAACAGCUCCCGUAGCCACCCUGAUUCAGAUACGGCAAUAAAAACCACCAAAGACGAGGUUUUGCACCAGGCUCCAGAAACCACCAGCAUAAAAAAUCCCAUUUUCGAAAAAAAUACAUCAACUUUUUCGACAAUGGACAAAAACCCCUUCUUCAUACCACCCACAGAGGGAAGCAAACACGCCCCGGAAGGCCAUCAAAUGGAAACAGAAGACUCCCCGAACAGUCUAGAAAACACCCUGAUCUACCAAAGUGCGGAAAACUCGCCCUUAAACACUAGUGAAAUCAACCCCGAAAGUGCGAGCAACACCACCGAUAGUGCGGCAUCACAGAACAAAAUUAACACCAUAAAAAUUAGUGAAAAUCGAGAAAGUGCGGUAGUUACUAAAAAUACAAGUGAAACCACCCCCGACACCUUCGUGUCCGCGUAUCAAACGCUUCCUCUGCCAAGUUCGGUAACGGCACGCGUACUCAACUUCAGAGCUGACAAAAACUCCAUUACGUCCAGUGAAGAAGAAAAUUCAAAUAAACCAACACCACCACCACAACCCCUAAGACCGGGUCUUUUUACUUUACCACCACCUAUUAAGGCAAGUACACCCCCAAACACACAAAUACUACUACAAAAGAGGAAAAACAACUCACCACCCGAAAAAGACAACGCCGAAAAUGACGGGGAAGACGAUACGGAUGUUUCAGACAACCAAGGGUUCCAAAAACCCCGCAAAUUCAAAAAGUUUAAAACAAACUUUGUUAAAUUAAUCGAACAAAAAGCUGCAUCAACCAUACCGCUAUCUAACAAAUACGACUCUCUCAGCGAAAGCGAAAACGAGCAAGACACCGUUAUUGCCCCAAAAAUUAAGGGAAAAGCCACCCCAAACCUCCCAGUAAAGGGAAAUUCUACUAAACAAAACAAUAACAACAAAGUCACAGCAACAAAAACAAAUAAAAAAGCCACAAUCCCUCCAAUAGUGGUAGAUGGAAGGACGGAUAAUCAUGCUACCCUCACAAAGGAUUUAAAAGCAAUCAUAAAAGGUAAAUACUCAGUGAAAUAUACUAAUGCAACCACAGUUAUAUUCACUGAGGAUCUUGAAGAUUACGAAGCACUUCUGUGA